AUGGUACAAUUCGACGGGCCGUUCGGGAAGAUCGGGCCUGGUUACUUAUAUCGAGGCGCUCGCGAUCCCCCAGCAGAACCGACGCAAUCAUUUCAUGGAAAGACAGUCCUUGUAACUGGAUGUAACACUGGAGUCGGCUACCAAGCAGCUCUGAAAAUCGCAGCCCUAAACCCAAAAAGACUGAUCCUUGGAACUCGAACCCUGGCCAAAGGGGAGGCAACUCGAGACAAAAUCCUAGCCCAAACCCCUUCGCUCAGUCGUUCGGUCAUUGACAUAUUUGAAAUCGAAUAUACAUCAUUCCGUUCCGUCAUUGGCUUCGCCGAAGCAAUCAAAGAUUCCACUUCAGCCCUCGACUGCGUCCUUCUCAGUGCCGGUCUCAUCAAUCCCUCCUACGUAGCCACGAGUGAAGAUGGUGUCGGAACUUGGGAUAUGGCUAUCAAAGUCAAUGUUCUAUCAACUGCAUUGUUGGCAAUUGAGCUUCUACCACUUCUGAGACGGACGUCUGGGAGUAUCCUUGAAUUCGUCGGGUCUACUGGAUACUGCAAUGUGACGAGCCAACAGAUCAGACCAGUUCUUGAUAGAACUACGAAUAGCAUGUCGACGGAGGAUGUGGAUGCGUUGAAGUUUUUCAAUGAUGAGAAACGCUGGAAUCCCGAGGGGAGUUAUUGUGAGGCAAAGUUGUUGCUCAUGUUUGUCCUCCAGGGCCUUGUCGAAUCUCUUGGUGGUAGUCAAGGUAGACUCUCUCCAUUGAAAGGAGAAAUACAAAGAGACUCUGGACCUAUAAUUCUGGCCUGCUGUCCCAACCAGACAAAGACGGACCUGGGCCGCAACUUCCCAGUCGGUAUGAAAGUGUUUAUGUUUUUCUGGAACUCUGUUUUUGCGAGAACUGCCGAGCAAGGGAGUCGGACUUUGGUGUCUGGCUUGACCUUGGGUGAGGAGGCGAAUGGGAGGAUGUGGUCGAAUGAUCGGUUUGAUGACCGAUCACCUAAUAUUACCGCAAGUGAAUGGGAGGGACUGCAGAAGGUGGUUUGGAAGGAGAUUGUUCAGGUUUUAAAAGGAUAUAAGCCUGAUUUGGCGAUCUGA